ACGUAAAUUGAAAUGUCUGGAAAACACAGGAACAUAUCCCUCCACUCCAUUUAAAUACCUCGCUCCGUAUUCAACCUCUUCACACCAAAAUUCCCAGCAGUUAACAAAAUUUCGAUAAGAAAAGUUCCCAACUUCAGCUAAGAGAAAAUGUCUCUGAUUCCAAACUUUUUCGGUGGCCGUAGGAGCAAUGUGUUUGAUCCUUUCUCCCUUGAAGUGUGGGAUCCCUUCAAGGAUUUUCAUUUUCCCUCUUCUGUUUCUGCUGAAAAUUUAGCAUUUGUAAGCACUCGUGUGGAUUGGAAGGAGACUCCAGAAGCGCACGUGUUGAAGGCAGAUAUUCCAGGGCUGAAGAAGGAGGAAGUGAAGGUGCAGAUUGAAGAUGAUAGGGUUCUUCAGAUAAGCGGAGAGAGGAACCUUGAGAAGGAAGACAAGAACGACACGUGGCAUCGCGUGGAGCGUAGCAGCGGCAAGUUCAUGAGGAGGUUCAGGUUGCCGGAGAAUGUUAAAGUGGAGCAAGUGAAGGCUUCUAUGGAAAAUGGUGUUCUCACUGUUACUGUUCCCAAGAAAGAGGUUAAGAAGCCUGAUGUUAAAGCCAUAGAAAUCUCUGCUUAAGCAGAAUAAAAUGUUGUUGGUCUUUUUCGUUUUAGUUUUAAUGUGAUGUGCGUGGGAGUUGUGAUUCUAUAAACAAGUAAAAUAGUUGUCAUUGGUGAGAUAUUCUGUGAACUCUAAUGUAAUGCAUGAGAUUUGGGACACAAACGUGUUCUUUUCAUUUUGUUGAUUUUGCAAUGGAGAAGUGAAAUGUUUUUUUCUGCUUA